AUGUUUUUAUCAUUACUUUGCCUCGGCAAAAUUGAAUACCAAUUACAUGCAUACGUUGAUGGACAAUACUGUGAAGGUGACAAUUUUACGCAUAUGUCCUUUCUUUGUCCAUUUUUACCGUUUCAAGUUCGAAAUGUAACAAUUAUCAAAGGCGAUCUUGAAAUUGAUCAGAUCAAUAACUCAGUAUUGCCACAAGUAUCAUACGUUUACAUCGCUCCAGAGUCAUUUACAGGAAUGAUUCCUAAAGAUUUUAUGAUUUUUUAUCAAUACAUAGAAACAUUCAUUGCUGAUGGCGUAACUGCAAUAGGUGAGAAUGCAUUCCUCACAUGCUCAAAUCUCAAGACAAUUUCAUUCCAAAAUGUCGAAAUUCUCAAUAAUAAUUGUCUUCGCGAGUUAAGAAUACAAGAUUUCAGCUUCCCUAAAUGCAAAUUUGUUGGAAAUUACGUAUUUGAUGAUAAUCCAUCAAUUAAAAGCCUUUAUUUACCAGUUUGCACUGAAAUUGGAAUAAUUGCAAAUCCAAAUCAAAAUUUCACCAAAAUUUAUGCACCUCUACUUGAAAAGCACACAAACAUUACUGUCGGCCAUAUAGAUGAGUUCACUUUUGGCAGUUCAUAUUUGAACUCUAAUUUAAGUUUAAAUUUGACUUUCACUGUGACAAAUUUUGUUUUGACAUCAAUAAAAAGUGUCAAGAAAGAUGAUUUUGUUGGUAUUGAUUUCGUCAAAAUUUCUAUGCCAAAGGUUGAAACAAUCUCAGAAGAAACUUUCUCAGGAAAAUCUGUUGAGGAAAUAUCAGCUCCAAACUGUAAUUUGGUCGGCCAAAAUGCUUUGUCAAAUUGCGCAAAAUUGACAAAAAUAAAACUUGAAAAAGUAACGACAUUGAAGAAACAAGAUUUAUCUGGAAAAAUUAUCAAUGAAUUAGUCUUGUUAAAUUUAGAAUCUUAUGAAGAUUUUUCAUGUCAAGAAAUUGAAAAUCUGACAUUAGGUAAAAAUAUUGAUUUUUUGUCAAAUUCGAAAUUUUCCGUCAAAAAGAUAACACUUCUUGAUAUCGACGAGAUAACCGAAGAAUCAUUUAAUGAUGUUUCUGUUACUGAAGAAGUUAUUUUAAGAGAUACAACCAAAAUAGGUCCAAAAACUUUCAGUUCAUUCAAAAAAUUGACAAAUGUCAAAGGACCAAAAGUGACAAGCAUUGGGCAAGAAUGUUUUGCUUUUUGCAGCAAUUUAGAGUCUGUUUCAUUUGAUUUAUUAGAUUUAGUUCCAAAAGAUACUUUCUCUCAUUGUACUAAUCUCAAAUCAAUUUCUCUUCCAUAUGUCUCAAUAUUGGAAGAAAAUUGUUUUUCAUUUUGUUUCAGUCUGACUGAAAUUAGCUUUCCGAACUUGAGAACAAUUCAUGACAAAGCAUUCAUGAAUGACAAAAACUUAAUGAAACUAGAUGCCCCAAACGUUGAAGAAACAGGAAUUGAAAUCUUAUCGAAUUGCGAAAAAUUGAAAUCCAUUGAAUUUUCAAAGCUAAAAGUUCUCAAAAAUGGAACUUUCUGUCAAUGCAUGAGUUUAAGUGAAGUAUCCUUAUCAUCAGUAACAAAGUUUGAAGGAGAUUAUCACUUUUACAAGUGCUCAUCAUUAACUAAAUUAUUGUUGACUUCGUUGGAAACAGUUAAUGUUUUAUCAACAAAUAUUUUUGUUGGUUGUAAUAAUCUGACAAAGAUAAAAUUUGGAAACAAAAUUCCUGUUAAAUUUAAUGAAACAAUUGAAUUUAACGGAACUGAAAUCGAAUUUAAUUCUUCAAAUGUCUGGAAGGAUAUCCAGGAUGAUGGCUAUUAUAAAAUCACUGGAUUGUUGAUUUGGCAUGGGUACAAUACUCAAUAUUAUAGCAAAAUAAGAUUAGCAGGAUUUAUAAUAAUGAUCAUUUGCAUUGUUGCUAUAGCUGCAUUUAUUGUUUAUUUCUGUGUUCGUAAGAUAAUAACAAAGAAUAUAGAUAAUCAUAUAACAAGUUAUUUAUUAACAACAAACCAAAUGAUUUAA